CUAAUCUAGGGUUCAACUUCCAGAGCCCCUUUGUUUUUCUAUAUUUUCCCCACUAAUAAAAAAUCCGUACUUUUAUAUAUUUUCUUGCUUUCAUUUUUUUAUAAUUUUCUUGUUUUCUGUUGCUUGAUGUUUGUAUAAUCAUAUCUAUCCAUGGCUGGUUUAGAUUUAGGCACUGCUUCUCGUUACAUCCAUCAACAGCAUCAACUCCACCUUUCCGACUUGCAACUCCACACCACUCAACCGCAAAACAACCACCUCUUCUCCGACAACCACCACCAGAAACAAGAAGACGAUGAUCUCCAUCAUGAUCAACUAGUCUCCCCCAACUCCGGCGGUGGUGGUGGUGGUGGUGGGUCAGGUGAUCUCGUUGGCCGGAGACCUAGAGGCCGUCCAGCCGGAUCCAAAAACAAACCAAAACCACCGGUUAUCAUCACUAGAGAAAGCGCUAACACACUCAGAGCUCACAUAUUGGAGAUCGGAAACGGGUGUGAUGUGUUUGACUGCAUAGCAACUUAUGCAAGACGAAGACAACGAGGGAUCUGCAUACUUUCCGGUAGCGGUAUUGUCACCAAUGUAAACCUCCGGCAACCAUCCGGAACCGGGGCUGUGGUGGCUCUUCAUGGCCGGUUUGAGAUCUUGUCUCUUUCCGGUUCUUUCUUACCACCACCUGCACCACCGGGAGCCACCAGUUUGACCAUCUUUUUAGCCGGUGGACAAGGGCAAGUGGUGGGUGGAAACGUCGUCGGAGAGUUGACCGCAGCUGGACCGGUUAUUGUUAUCGCUUCUUCUUUCACUAAUGUUGCUUAUGAAAGACUUCCACUUGAAGAAGAUGAAGCGGAAGCCGGUGGGCUGCAGAUGCAACCACAGGCUGGUCAACCGGAUGGAACCGGUGCCGGUGGUGGUGGUGGUGGUGGCGGUAACCCGUUUCCAGACCCGUCUUCUGGGCUACCGUUUUUUAACUUGCCGAUGAAUAUGGCACCAAAUGUUCAGUUGCCUGCGGACUAUCCACGGGGUAAUAAUAAUCCGUUCUAAUAUGGAUCGGGUUAGUUAGCUUCUUUUGGAUCAUAAACAAUGUUCAACAAAAUGAUUGCAUCAAACUACUACUUUGUUAUCUUGCUAUUGCUAUGUUGGGAGUUUUUAUCUUUUUUUUUUUUUUUUUUUCUAUCUUUGUGUGUGUUUUUGUAACUUAAAUCUGUGCUAUGGAAAUAGUUUUUUUAAACUUGUGUUAUUGUUACUUACUGUUACCUCUCUAUGAGUGUUUUUCUUCUAGGCAUUAUGUUGUUCAAGAUUUGGGAUUUU